UUUUAAGGGGGAUUCUCCCUAAGUGGCUCCUGCUGGGCUGCCUGGCCUCCCCCAGGCUGGGACCCAAGUUGCCAGGUCCAGGCUCUAGUCCAACUAAGUCCCUGGGAUCUGCUUUCACUUUCUCUUUCAUGGAGGCUGCAUUCCUUCCAGAGCUGAGCAGUUGCAGCAUGUAUGCCCACACCACCCCUGCACCGCUGUGGUAUCUGUAGCCCAAGGUGACCACAGGCAGGGACAGGAGGUCUAGACAAGUCGGGAAAGCCCCCGCCCCUACAACCGGAAAACUCCCCCACCUCCAGGGCCAUAAAGCCCCUGGGUCCUCCUCCACCAGGCAGAGCUGCCAGCGCUCCUGCAAUCCUCGGGUGAGGUCUCAGCUCCAGGGGAACAAAGCCAGAGCUGAAGCAUGGAUGCGCUGUCCAAAGCCAACGGUGCCUUUGCAAUCCAACUCCUAAAGCUCCUGGGCCAGAACAACCUUGAGCACAAUGUGUUCUGCUCUCCUAUGAGCAUCUCUUCGGGCCUGGCCAUGGUCCUGCUGGGAGCCAAGGGCAGCACAGCGGCCCAGAUGGUCCAGGCGCUGGGGCUGAGCUCAGUGGAGGACCCUCAUGGAGGCUUCCAGUCGCUUCUCGCCCAGGUGCACAAGCCUGGUGCUCCGUACUGUCUCAGCAUCGCCAACAGGCUCUUUGGAGAAGAGAGCUGCCAAUUCCUGCCCUCCUUUCAGGAGUCCUGUCUGCGCUUCUACAAGGCCAAGAUGGAGCCGCUGUCCUUCGCCAAAGCCCCAGAGAGGUCCAGGAACCACAUCAAUGCCUGGGUGUCCAGGAAGACUGAAGGCAAAAUUCCAGAGCUGUUGGCAAAGAACUCCAUUGAUGCUGAGGACAAGCUGGUUCUCAUUAACGCUGUGUACUUUAAAGGAAAAUGGGAUAAGGUUUUUCGGCAGUGGAACACAAAGGAAAUGCCUUUCAAAAUCAACCAGAAGGAGCAGCGGCCGGUACAGAUGAUGUUCAAGAGAGGCACGUUUCCCUGGGCCGAAGUGAGCGAGGUGCGGGCCCAGGUGCUUGAGCUGCCCUAUGUGGGCCAGGAGCUCAGCAUGGUCCUCGUGCUGCCCGAUGAAGGUGUGGACCUCAGCACGGUUGAAAAGAGCCUCACUUUUGAGAAACUGCAAACCUGGACCAGUCCAGAGCAGAUGGAGAGGACCAAAGUGGAAGUUUUCCUGCCAAGGUUUAAGUUGCAGGAGGACUAUGACAUGGGUGCCGUGCUGCAGGCCCUGGGCAUGGUGGACGCCUUUCAGGAGGGCAAGGCCGACCUGUCCGGGAUGGUGGUGGACAGUGAGCUGUGUCUGUCCAAGUUCGUGCACAGGAGUGUGGUGGAGGUCAACGAGGAGGGCACAGAGGCUGCGGCAGCCACAGCUAUCAAGUGUGGAUUUGAUUGUGAUAUGGAAUUACCCGAGUUCUGUGCUGACCACCCCUUCCUGUUUUUCAUCAGACACAACGCGACCCACAGCCUGCUGUUCUGUGGCAGGUUCGCGUCUCCAUGAGGGGUGCAUCCCUGUGCCUCAAAUCCCAUCCCCAACUCCUAGAAGCUGGCUCAUUAGAAAAUGCAAGUGGGGCUGACUGGCACCCGUCUGAAGCGUGGGUCAGCACUGUCACACAGCGCACCGCUCAGCUUUCCCUGCACUGACCACUCACUUGUGCCUCUUCACCAAGAUCUUGGGACAGCAGAGCUUGGUGCAGAACCCAGGGCGCAGAGCAGACCCCAUAGCCAGCCUGCAGGUUUCCUAGACGGUGGCCAGUGUCUCUGGCACUGGUCACAUGUGCUACUGACAGCAGUUACGGGUGCUUCCUCGUGCCUCAAGCUCUGUCCCACACUUGCCUUAAGCUGACUUUCUAAGUGGUAAUCCAUGCUGUAGAUGGUAGGGUUCCUGUGACAGUUGUCCUGGUGCUUGGGCUAUAAUUAAAGAAGUGCACAUUUUAAUUUUAUUUUAUUUGACAUGUACCAUUCACCAGGCUGUGCCGAAAACCAAAACCGCUCUGCGUUGGGCCCAGGCACACAGCCUGGUUUCCUCAGCAGCUGCCCUUUAUCUCUGUGCCCAACUUAUGUCGCUUUUGUGGCACUCAGGUGGCAGUAUUUGAGAUCUCAGUCCUGUAGGGAUGACACCUUUAUUCAUGGGAUUUUAUUUCUCCAUCUUCAAUGCUAACAGUUAAAUUCCAGGCAGCACAUAAAAUUCAUUUCAGACGUCAUCUUCUUCAAGGAAGUUUCCCUUUUCCCCAGAACCUGGUGGACGUCUUUGAACUCACAGUGCAGCUCUUUGUGGCAGUCGCUUUAUUUAUUAACCCUCUGUACUCUGAGGUCGUCCUCACCCAGCCUUGCAGUUCCAGGGAGUGAGUUUCCAUCUCUCCUAUCUCUGUGUCACUGAGACUAAAAUAAUAAGUCAUGGUGAUAUAUAAGCUCUAACUUUUUAAUGGUCAGAUAUCACCAACUUUUUAGGGUUUCAUUGUUUGUGACAGUUACAUAAUAAAGUUAACCAUCUUAAACAGUGCGUUCAGCGUGUUAUGUGACCACCACCUUUUCCACUUCCAAGAAGCUUUCAUUGCCCCAAAAGAAAACCGUCUCCACUAAGCCAUGCCUUCUCAUCUGUUCCUCCCCGAAGCCCUAGAGAUCACCAAUCUGCUUUCUGUGUCUGAACUUAGGUACUCUGAACAUGUGAUAAUAAAUGGAAGCAUAUACAUGG